UUAGCAAGAGACUAACAUACGGGCAGUUAUUGAAGAAAAUGGCGACGUGCCUUACUCUCGAGUUGUGUAAAAACUGGGAGAAAAACGGUAAAAUCGAAUUUCAGAAGUUAUGCAAGUCUACCCUGAGAGCAGAUGGCAGCCUGGUUGGAGCAAGAGAAGGGAAGAAAAUCCUGUAUGACCUGUGUUGGCAAGUUCUCAUUGGGAAUCUCAAGCAAGACCAAGCAGUUGCCGUACUGCUUGAAAUCAAGGAUCUGCAUGAAGAGCUACCAUCACUUCUGGCAGACAUCUUUUCAAUAAUCGGUAUGGGGUGAAGUAUUAUAGAGCAUACUCCUUUUUCUCACCACACAGUCGUGAGCUGUGCAGUUAUGAGUUAAAGCUGCCUGGGCGCGUUCCUACUGGAAAGAUCCCACAAUUAGGUUGCAGCAGUGGCGCCAUCUAUCUGUGGUUUGGGAAAAUGGCAUGGGUAAUAUUGUUAUCCACCUGUUGGUCACUGUUUCGAAGAGAGGGAUAACGAAGGAUAUGAAAGAAAUGGAAGGUCUUGAUGGUGCCUUUGUGGUAGUGAAAUAAGGCAGAAUCAAGAUGGUUGCCAUAGAUGUGGAGGUUAUGAAUGUAGUGAAUAGGAAAUUCAUUUGAUUCCUAUAAGGAUCAUGAGCAUUCAUUUAAAACUUUCUUUUUGAAGCAUUUCCAGUGUAUAUUCCAUCUUCUGUCAAAUGGAUGCUGUUUUGUAAAAUCCAGCAUAUGUUCCAGCAGUUGUUGAAAAAUGUUGCCAUUUAUUGCAAGCUGCACCAUGUUUCAAAGCCCCAUCGCUAAUCAAUUGAUCCUUAUAUAUGCUUGUUUUGUUGGAAUGUUCCUGAAGUUGGACUGAAUCAACACUGCCGUCGUCAAAUGUUUUACAGCAAUAUUCUUGACAAGGUGAUUGAAGAUGGACUGGAAAUUUAAAAGAUAUCAUUUUUUUCAAGGAAGUUGACACCAAAGUAAAAGUCGUACAACUUCAGAGAAAACUCAAGAUAGAACCAGGAGAAAAGAACUACUGUUGUUUGCAAAAUUUAUAUUUUAAGGCACUGAAGGGCGCAUAAAUAUAGUGGUUGGGCGAUGCUGAAACUAAGCUGAAGAAAUGGAAGAGAUUUUUUGAAGACUGAAUAACAUGUUCAUGAGACCUUUGUUGGUCUCUGUUAAACAUUUUGAAAUAUAGAUACUUUCUUGAACAGGUUUGUGGAUAUCUAUUGUUUGGACAAUAAACUGAAGUGCAAUGGGCAUGCCAUUUUGAUCACUAUACAUUUCUAUGAGACUGCCUGUAAUCUUAACAAUGGACUCCAACCAGAUACUAGUGAAAUGGGAGCCUGGGCAGUACAAUUUUGAAAAUUGUCUUCAUCUGCUAGCCCCCGCUGCUUCUGCUAUGGGCUAGUAGACUCUUAAACCCUGGAGGACCAGA